GGAAUAUUUUAAAAAUAAAAUUUCAAAAUAUGCUGUUGGGGUUGAUGUUGUGUCUUUUUAGUGCGGACAUUUCCUUGACAACAGCAGAGCCAAGUAAUUUCCAAAAUGAUGAUUCAGAAAACCAAAGAAUGAACCACAAUAUUCAAGAAUUGCAUAGCAAAAUCAAUGAUCUGGAGCGACAAAUGAAAGAACUGUCAAAAGUAGUGGACGAGAAGUGUUUAAAGGGUCUUGACUCGAAUGAUGGUGUUGUUGUCAUCCAGAGACGUAUGGAUGGCUCAGUGGAUUUCUCACGCACAUGGGCCGAAUAUAAAGAGGGAUUUGGCAAUAUUUCAGGCGAGUUCUUUAUCGGUUUGGAGACUUUGCAUAAGCUCACCAAUGCCAGACCCUAUCAACUUUUCAUCAUCAUGGACGAUUGGGAAGGUGACAGACGUGUUGCGCUUUACGAUUUCUUUGUGGUGGGCAGUGAGGAACACAAAUAUGGCCUACUUUCUUUGGGCACAUACAGCGGCAGUGCAGGGGAUGCUUUAUCAUAUCAUUUGGGAAAAAAUUUCACCACGAAGGAUCAGGACAACGAACGUCGCUAUGAAAAUUGGUGUCCUCUUGGCCAUGGGAGUGGUUGGUGGCAUAUGGAUUGCAAUCCAUGCAAUUUGAAUGGGCCAUAUCUGAAGGGCAAGGUCGACGACAAUAUACAUAAAAUUUCCCCUGAACUUUCCACUAAGAAGCAGCGUUUUCAAAGCCGACAUGUCGAAGCCAUAGUAUGGGAUGCGUUCAAAGGUAGUCAAUAUUCAUUGAAAUUCGUGGAAAUGAUCAUUAGACCUCGAUAAAGAAUCCUCAACAUAAGAUUUUUAUUUUUCAAUUGUAUUGAACGAAAA